AUGACAUCUCUUCCCAAGACCUACAAAGCAGCCAUCUUUGAGAAGGCCGAUGCCCCAAUCACCAUAAAGAAUGUCGAGCUCAAGCACCCCUCUGCUAGUGAAGUCCUAGUCAAGGUCAUCGCCUGCGGAGUCUGUCAUUCUGAUGCGACGGUUCAAGCCGGACAAUUCGGUAACGGCUUCCCCAUCAUCCCCGGCCAUGAAGUAAUUGGAAACGUCGCAGCAGUUGGCGACGGCGAGAAGAGGUGGAAGGUUGGAGACAGAGUCGGUGGGCCUUGGCACGGAGGUCACGAUUCAGUCUGCAAACAGUGCCAGCGAGGCCAAUUCCAGAUGUGCCAAAAUGGAGCAGUAAACGGUGUCACCAAGGACGGCGGUUACGCGGAAUACGUCCUUCUUAGAACCGAAGCUGUAGUCAAGGUUCCCACCGAUGUUGACCCUGUGGAAUAUGCACCCAUUCUCUGCGCCGGAAUUACCGUCUUCAACUCAAUCAGAAAACUCAAAAUCACUCCUGGUGACAUCGUUGCCGUUCAAGGCCUCGGUGGACUCGGCCAUUUAGCAGUACAAUACGCAAACAAGAUGGGCUACAAAGUCGUCGCUCUCAGCUCCGGAAAUAAGAAACGAGACUUUGCCAAGAAGCUUGGUGCUCACGAGUACAUUGACACCUCAAAAGAGGACCCGGCCAAGAAGCUGAUGGAGCUGGGCGGUGCCUGUCUCAUUAUUUGCACUGCGCCAAAUCCUAAAGCUAUCAGUCCUUUGAUAGGAGGUCUUGAGCCAGGCGGAAAGCUCUUGAUCUUGGCUCCGUGCGGUCCAGUUGAGAUCAACUCCGUGGAUCUUGUGGUCAAGGCCGCUGCUGUACACGGAUUUCCCAGCGGCCAUGCACUGGAUAGCGAGGAGGCAAUUGCCUUUACCCAACUGCAUGAUAUCCAUUGCAUGGUUGAGAAGUUUCCUCUUAAGGAUGUGCAGAAGGCGUUCGAUCACAUGAUGAGCGGGGAGGUGAGAUGCAGGAGCGUCCUGGUCAUGGAAUAA